UGUGCAUUGCUGUACUGUACAGUGUAUGGAAUAACAAAUCACGUGUACGUUUCUUUGGAUGAAAAUAGCAGUGGUAAAUUAAAGAAAUGUCCAUUUCUCUCCCGGUGGCCCCCACCCACAGCCUCCUCUGUGACGUUUAUGGAAGGCUUCAACUUUGAGAUUGACACAGAGUGUGAGCUCAUGGCUUGCUCCACCGCAGAGAGCAUGUGGAAGAGAGUGACCAGAGUUGAGGGAGGUCCAACUGUUGACCACAGCACCCCCAAGAGCCAAGGAGGUGUAGGACAUUUUGUGCAUUUUAGCACAAUCAUUGGAAUGACGGGAGACAAAGGCAUAUUCAAAACCAGAAGGAUGACACCCCACAGAGAUUUCCAGUGCCUGGAGUUCUUCCAGUAUCACAGCGGGCAUGACACAGACCAACUCAACAUCUGGAUCAGAGAGUUUCAGAGCGAGUAUGACACUGUUGGAGCUUCUAGACUCAUUGGACAGAUCACAGGUUCCCCAGCACACUACUGGCGGCUCCAACACCUGCAGCUGAGGACCACUAAGGCCUUCCAGAUGGAGUUUGAAGCCGUCAAAGGACAAGGCGUGUCCGGUGGUGGUUUCUCAUUGGAUGAUAUCAACCUCUCAGAAACUGUGUGUCCACACCAUGUAUGGCACAUUAGGGAUUUUGGUGGAAUUCUUCAGUCUGUCAGUGGCAAGCAGUGGUCAAACAGCCCCAGGUUCUACUCUAGUGAGGGAUAUGGCUUUCAGAUCAUCGGUUUAUUCCAGCCAGGUGCUUUUGGAGUCUUUUUCCGACUUGCUUCUGGAGCCAAUGAUGAUAACCUGCAGUGGCCAUGUCUAAACAGACAGAUCACUUUUCAGCUUUUAGAGCAGAGAUCCAGUAUCCUGCAGCGCAUGUCCAAACAGCUCAGCUGGACUCUGUCAACAACACAAAACUUUACAAGGGAUGGACAGACACAUUGCUAUUGGGACAAUCCUCGUAUAGUGGGACGACAGUAUUCAGACUCAGAGGGCGUGUACCACGCAGGACCUUUCUAUGGCCAUUCCUAUUUCUUAAGCAGCGACAUCAUCAUGGAAGGGGAUUUCAUCCGAGCAGGAGAUGCAUUUCUGUUGAUCAACUUUGAAGAUGUGUUGAAUCAAAUCAGCCCAAUUCUUCCGACUCCAAUGCCUGAAUCAAGUGUCAAUCUUCCCAGCCUGAUCGACAACCUUAGUCCAUGUGUAUACCAGGAGCUAUCAACUGACUGUCCAACUGCUUCAGCUGUCUGCACAUCAUCACAAUCCGUCUCCUUCCUGGCAGUCAUAGCUGUGAUCCUGUUAAUUCACUGGGGAUAGAUUACAGCAGUUUUUCUUAAUAAACAACACCAAAU